CGCGCUUCGCUCCGCCUUGUAGAGAGGAAGUUGAGGGACGAUAGAAGAAGCGCUUAAGUGCUUCAGUCAACGGAUGUCUGUCAAAAAAAGAUUCACUUCAGUCUUCGGUUGCAAAUCUCAUCUGUGGUUGGAUGGACAAGCCAAUGAAAUCAAGAGGGAAAUUCUUCGUCAUUAUUCCCUUAAUCUUCAUCUGCUGCAUCAUUGUUUGGACACCCAAGACAUACAGGUCAAUCCCAACCCCACGUGGGCCUCCAAAAGCUUGCCCCUAUCACAUCUCUGAGCAGACCAUCACCCCCCUCAACAACACCAAGCACUUCCAGGUGUCGGCCUACAUGGACCAGAGAGUGAAGGGUUUGGAUAUACGCAUCAUUAGCAUAUUUAGGAGAGACUCCAUCCAACCCCUGCACUGUGUUUUCUGCUGUGCAGACUACGUAUCAAGUACAACCACUCCAGCGACCAUUUUACAACACUCGGACAACUUUGGUUUUCCCUUCGUCACGACAGAUGUCAUGUGUCGGAUCCCUACAAACUGCAACGCUACACAUGUCACCCUUCAGACUCAGCCAGGGCGCGCAACUCAAUCUGACCAGAUUUGGCUCCCCAUAAGAAACAAAAAGACCAACGGGAAGGAGGAGGAGAAGUUUCAGUUUAACUUCACAGUCUGCAUCUCCAACCUGUUUGGAGACUACAACAAUGUGCUUCAGUUUGCACAGACUCUGGAGAUGUACAGGUUGCUGGGUGUGGACAGAGUGGUGAUCUAUAACACCAGCUGUGGCCCAGACCUGGACCGCCUGUUGCAGAGCUACAGCCAGGAGGGCUUUGUGGAGAUGGUCCCCUGGCCGAUCAACGAGUAUCUGACUCCAUCAACCGGCUGGCUCUUCUCAAAGUAUGGAGGGGACGUGCACUAUUUUGGCCAGUUAACCACACUGAACGAGUGCAUUUACAGAUCCAUGACCCGGUCACGCUACGUCCUGUUGAACGACAUUGAUGAGAUUAUAAUGCCAUACCAACACAACAACCUGAUGUCUCUGAUGAACGUGCUCCAACAGCAGAAACCGAACGCUGGGGUGUUCCUCAUAGAGAACCACAUCUUUCCCAAGACACCCUUUGAGAAAAGUAAAAAGCUUCCCCUGCCUCAAUGGAAAGGGGUGCCAGGCUUUAAUAUUCUGGAGCACAUCUACAGGGAGGAGGUGGACAGAAGCGUAUACCACCCCCACAAGAUGAUAGUCCAGCCAAGGGCGGUGGAGCAGACCUCAGUGCAUGAAGUGCUCAAGAUGUUUGGAGAGAAGUUCAAGGUGCCGCCGGAGGUCUGUCGGAUCAUUCACUGCCCACUCAGAACCCCGGUACAACGGCCGGUGGAGCGGCUCCACGUGGACACCCGGCUGUGGGACUUCAAAGACAAACUAUUGCCCAAUGUGACCAAGGCGCUGAGGAGAGCCAGGCUGCUGAGUUCAGAGGGGUAGAGCUGACAGAUAUGGAGGGAUGAACAGGCUGAUUCUGGCCAUGGACGUACACUCUCACCAGCAGCAGGUACAGUCCAGACAGAAAAAAGGAAGGAGCUGUUUUAUUGCUACUAUGUGACUUAUUUUGAAGUACUGUUUCUCAUUUCCUAGUGAAUAACGGCAGCACAGCAUUAGCAACUUCACUCUACGCAGUAAGUAGCCUAACAAUGCUGGCUCUAUCGGUCAUGUGACCCUCGCCUUGGCGUAACAUUUGAUGUAGGGUGGAAAAUGUGAUUUUUGGAUUUGCAGUCCACAUGUUUCUGUAUACAGUAAUUGUUGAAUUAUUCAGUAGGCUAUCUGCUGAUUAUUAUGUGGUUCACCAAUAGUGUGAGAUCAUGCGUUUAGCACUCUUUACCAACAGCACAAGCCUAUGGUUUUCUGAUAAUAAUGUCAUUAUAUGUUACUUGUCUUCAUUGCUUAUAUCUGCUUUGACACAUCAGCAUAAACAUCUUGUAGCUGCCUGAGGAAAAGGCUUGAAAUGCAUUUUUUUAUGCGUACCUUGUGCCAUUAAGUGUCUUAGCAUAUUAAAUUAUAUAUAUUUUUUGCAUUCAA